GAGCUUCAUAUCCACCUGUUUUAAUUUUUGGGGGGUUCAUUUGCGACGAUGACAGACGAGCUGGAAGGCCAUGAUCAAGAACAGAUCGCAUUGAUGGAAGAGAGAUUGAUUCUUCUAGACCGGGACGAUAACGCUAUCGGAGAGGAAAGCAAAAAAACUUGCCAUUUGAUGACCAACAUCUUACCACCACGUUCAUUGCUACAUCGUGCAUUUUCUUGCUUCCUCUUUCGACCCUCCGAUGGCAAACUUUUACUGCAGAAGAGGGCAGCCGAAAAGAUCACUUUCCCGAGCCUGUGGACCAAUACCUGCUGCAGUCAUCCACUGGCAAAGGAAGACGAGAUGGAUCUGACGGAUCAUAUCGGUGUUCGACGGGCAGCUCAAAGGAAAUUGAAUCAUGAACUUGGAAUUGAUGCCGCACAGAUACCUGUCUCAGAUUUCGUUUAUCUUACUCGAAUUCAUUAUUUGGCUCCUAGUGAUGGACUAUGGGGAGAACAUGAAAUUGACUAUAUCCUAUUUUUGACUGCUGAUGUGGACUUGAAUGUAAAUCCAAACGAGUGUUCAGACGUAACGUGGGUAUCCCCCAACGAACUGAAGACAAUGAUAGCCGAUCCAAGUAAUCAUUUCACUCCUUGGUUCAAACUGAUUGUGGAUCGGUUUUUGUUCCCUUGGUGGAACGAUCUUCUAGACCGAUCGAAAGACAAGCUCGUCAAUGCCCACUUAAUCGCCGACGCUAAAGACAAUACCAUCCAUCGAAUGAGCUCUUGAUUUGUUACCCAUCUGUGGGAGCCAACCAUAACCCUCUGCCCCUCUCUACAUAUUCUUUCAAUAGGAUUGUUCAGAUUAAUUACCCUGAUUUGUUAAAUAAUUCUCACAUUGCGGCUUGACUAUCAUUGAGAAUUGGCAAGCUGAGCACAUGCUGUCAGUUUACUGUGGUGUACUUCCCGG